AUGUUGCAGAAGUUUGUAUGGAGUGCACCAUCGUCGCAGGCAAGCUCACUGGCAGUAAUGACAUGGAAAGACGAAGAGGAACAGAUGGUGGAUGAAUUGGCUGCCAACUCCGGCAAUAUGAAGAAAGUGUCUCUUCCUCCCUAUGGGCCUGCGUCUCAGCUGUGGAAAAACUAUCCAGAAAACUGUUCUGGGAGGUCCAGCAACUCACAGAGGAUAUGCCCUGCUCCCCACCUGUACAGACCAGUAUCUCAGCCAUUAGGAGUAAGCAUGCCUCUGCUCAAGAGCGAGGAUAUAGUGGAUACGCACCACGAGCCACCCUGUGGUUUUGCCGGUGUGACCACGGAGCAGAAGAGGGAUGGAAAAUCUGCCUCAACCCUAGAAGCACAGACUGCUGCAAGUGAAGAGAGAACCUCUGGUCAUGAUUUCCUUGUUGGACAUGUUUACAGGGGUGUGGAGACAUUGGGAAAGGAACUUUUUAUGUAUUUUGAUCAGAAAGCUUUGAGGAUUCACUUCGGUAUGAACGGUUCCAUGCGCAUUAAUCCUGAUAGAAGCAAAGACAGAAAUGGAGCACUACCAGCUUUGGAGAUACAGCUUACAGAGGAUACUGUUUGGUUUUUUGAGGUGACAGUAGAGUAUAGAAAUGCAGCUGAGAGUGAGCAGAAAGUAAGAAUGAUGGAAAGCUUGGAUGUCUGUUCUCCAAAGUUUAGCUGCUUAAGAGCAGAAAGUGAGAUUAAGCAGCAGAAAAUGCGCUUGUUGUGUGAUGUGUUACUGGAUCAAGCAGUAUUACCUGGAGUGGGGAAUAUCAUAAAAAAUGAAGCACUGUUUGACAGUGGUCUUCAUCCAGCUGCUAAGGUUUGCCAACUGACAGAUGAGCAUAUACGUCACUUGGUGAAAAUGACACGCGAUUUUACCCUGCUUUUUUAUAAGUGCCGCAAAACUGGGUCUCCACUUUACAAACACUACAAAGUAUACAAGCGCCCAACCUGCGGUCAGUGCAAUGGGAAGAUCACUGUGUGUCGUUUAGGAGAGAAUAACAGGAUGACUUACUUCUGCUCUCGAUGUCAAAAGGCAGAUCCCCAGCUUGUCAAUGUUAGCAAACUGCCAACUAGAAAUAGCCUAAUUGGCUGGGCGUAUGGCAGGGGGUUAUGUUCUAAUGAACAUGUAGCUCAGAAAUCUGAAGAGGAGUGGACGUGUAUGCGCUGUACCCUAAUAAACAAGCCUUCUGCCGAGAUUUGUGAUGCCUGUUUGACUUCAAGGCCUGAAGUUCCAAAGACAGAGAAAACUGAAGAUUCUGCAGCCCUUAACAUACACUUAAUGAAGUAUCCUUGUAAUGAUUUCAGAAAACCAAGCACAGAAAUAAAGAUCAAUAGGAAAGCUGCAUUUGGAACUACAACUGUUGUCUUAACAGAUCUUGGUAACAAAGCUGUUUUCAGAAAUGAUACCCAAAUAUCCGAUGGACACUCUGAGUGCAUUGCUCCAAAAAGCAAUUGUAAUCAAAUCCAGACCAACGUCUGCCAGUCAGGGGGACGCACACACAAGGAUUGCUCAACACACGUAACUGCUAUGGCUUUGUCCUCGUGUCAGCAACCUCUUGCUUUCAAACACGUACAGAAGAAACAGAAAACUGACCAUCUCCCCUCUGUUCACCAAUAUAAUGUAGCAAUCAGCAAACCUCAAGCUAAUAUGACAGAUGAUAUUCAUACGUUAAGUGCGGGCCACCCUCGCUGCAGUAAACACAGCCGUCUAUGCAUCCUCAGAGUUGUGAGAAAGGAGGGAGAAAACAAGGGCAGGCAGUUUUUUACAUGUCCUCUACCCAGAGAAACUCGAUGUGACUACUUUCAAUGGGCCGACUUGAAUUUUCCAUUUUGUAACCAUGGCAAGCGAUGUGUUAUGAAGGCUGUGUUGAAGAUUGGCCCCAAUAACGGAAAGAACUUUUUUGUGUGUCCUCUUGGGAAGGAAAAACAGUGUGCCUUUUUCCAGUGGGCAGAAAGUGGGCCAGGUAUGCAGGUUGUUCCUUGA